UUCUCUGCUGUGAGAAUGUAAGAUGGAUCCAGAAGAGCAGGAACUCUUAAACGAUUACAGAUACAGAAAUUACUCUUCGGUGAUUGAAAAGGCUUUGAGAAACUUUGAGUCCUCAAGUGAAUGGGCGGAUCUCAUAUCCUCACUGGGCAAGCUCAACAAGGCUCUUCAGAGUAACCUGAGGUAUUCCUUGUUGCCGAGACGGCUCCUGAUCAGCAAGAGAUUAGCCCAGUGCCUCCAUCCUGCGUUGCCCAGUGGUGUGCACCUAAAAGCCCUAGAAACCUAUGAGAUCAUCUUCAAAAUCGUGGGGACCAAAUGGCUGGCCAAGGAUUUGUUUCUGUACAGCUAUGGGUUGUUUCCUCUUCUGGCGAACGCGGCCAUGUCGGUAAGGCCCGUGCUGCUUGGCCUGUACGAGAAAUACUUUCUCCCACUGCAGAAGCUUCUCCUGCCCAGUCUCCAGGCCUUCAUCGUGGGCCUGCUGCCUGGCCUGGAGGAGGGUUCGGAGAUCUAUGACAGAACAGAUGCUCUGCUCCUGAGGCUGUCCCUGGUGGUCGGCAAGGAGGCGUUCUACGCUGCCCUCUGGGGGAGUGUCCUGGUGAGCCCCGCCAUCCGCCUUCCCGCCUCGCUGUUCGUGGUUGGCCACAUCAGCAGGGACUCACCUGGCAAGGACCAGAAGUACAUGCUGGGGACGGAUUACCAGCUCACGAUAAAGUCCCUGUGUGCAUCGCUGUUGGACUCCAACGUUCUGGUGCAGAGAAAUAAUCUGGAAAUUGUUCUGUUCUUCUUUCCAUUCUAUACGUGUCUGGAUUCCAGUGAGAGAGCCAUUCCCCUGCCCAGAUCCGACGUCGUGCACAUCCUGUCCGCCGCCACCCAGACCCUCCUGAGAAGAGAUAUGUCCCUAAACAGAAGACUUUACGCGUGGCUACUAGGUUCAGAUAUUAAAGGAAAUACCAUUGUGCCAGAAUCCGAACUCUCAAAUUCUUACGAAGACCAGUCCUCAUAUUUUUUUGAAAAGUAUUCUAAGGAUCUUUUAGUUGAGGGUCUAGCGGAGAUACUGCACCAGAAGUUCCCGGAUGCUGACACAGAGGAGCGCCACCACGCGUACCUGAAGCCUUUCCGCAUCAUCGUCAGUCUGCUGGACAAGCCCGAAAUAGGGCCUCGAGUGGUCGGGAACUUGUUCCUUGAAGUCAUCCGGGCCUUUUAUUCUUACUGCAGAGACGCUCUCGGCUCUGAUCUUAAACUCAGCUACACCCAGAGUGGAAACUCACUCACAAGUGCAAUAAAAGAAAACAGAAAUGCCUCAGAGAUUGUUAAAACGGUGAAUUUGCUGAUCACUUCCCUAAACACAGACUUUCUCUGGGAUUAUAUGACGAGGUGCUUUGAGAACUGCUUUAGGUCAGCGAAGCAGAGUUCCACUGCUGGGAGCAGCAUCAGCCCUCCCCCGACGGUCUCGGAGCUCUGCACCCUCCUGGUGUUCCUUCUGGACGUUAUUCCCCUGGAACUUUACUCUGAGGUACAAACCCAGUACCUCCCGCAGGUGCUGGGCUGCCUGGUGCAGCCUCUGGCUGAGGAUAUGGAGGCUCUGAGCUUACCUGAGCUCACGCAUGCCUUGAAGACAUGUUUCAAAGUGCUGAGCAAGGUCCAGAUGCCACCUUCCUACCUGGACAUGGAGCCCACAAGCGGGUGCACGAGUCCAGUAAAAGGUGAAAACAGCGAAAUAAUUAUAGACACAAAGGCAGUGACUCCAGGUGAUGAGGAAGCUUCGUUUCCUCCGCUGAAAUCCGAAGACAGCGGGAUCGGGCUCAGCGCCUCGUCCCCGGAGCUGUCGGAGCACUUGCGGGUCCCCAGGGUCUCUCCUGACAAGGACGACGUUUGGAAGAAGGGCGGGAGCAUGCAGAGGACGUUUCUCUGCAUCCAGGAGCUGAUUGCCACCUUCGCCCACAAGAACAUCUUUGGGGUGCAUCCAACGGCAUCUGGGGAGGAAACCAGGUGCGAAGGGCCCGCGGGCCGGAGGGACGAGGACGGGCCGCCGUGUGCAGCGGCCAGCGACCCGGGCCAGAAGAACUCGUGGGACGCCAAGCCCAUCAGCGUGCCCCAGUUUAAGCAGAUGCUCUCCGACCUGUUCACGGCUCGAGGGUCUCCGUUUAAGACAAAAAGUGUGGAGCCGCCAUCACCUGUGCCCCAGAGCCCCGGGCGGAAGACGGAGGGGGACUGGGCCGUGGAGCAGGGCGUCGUGGACCUGGGGAGCUCGCAGGAGGCCUGCCGCGAGGCCUUCGCUGCCGCCUGCCACCUGCUGCUGGACUGUGCCACCUUCCCCGUGUACCUGUCCGCAGAAGAGAUGGAGCGGCUCUGCGAGACGCUCUUCCAGCUCCCCGGGGGCGGCGACUGCACCUUCCCCUCGUGGCUGAGGUCCCUCAUGACCGUUUGCUGCUGCGUGUCCGACUGCUUCCUCCAGAACGUAGCCAUCUCCACUCUGCUGGAGGUGAUCAACCACUCCCAGUCCCUCGCCCUGGUCAUCGAAGACAAGAUGAAACGCCACAAAAGCUCUGGACACAACCCGUUUUUCGGCAAGCUGCAGAUGGUGACUGUCCCUCCCGUUGCUCCAGGAAUAUUGAAAGUCAUCGCAGAGAAAACAGAUUUCUAUCAGAAGGAGUCUCUGACGUUUAAAUUUGCCCAUGGGGACCACAGCGUCUGCGAGGACAUCAUCUGCCGUGCUCUCCUGGACCCUGACAAGGGGACAAGGCUGGAAGCCCUGUUUAGGUUCUCUGUCAUCUGGCACCUAACGAGAGAGGCCCCAGGCAGUCGUGUGACAUCUCACAACCGCUCCCUGGACAGGUCCCUGUUCGUCGUGCUGGACAGUCUGGCGUGCACAGACGGCGCCAUCAGCGCGGCCGCGCAGGGCUGGCUGGUGCGGGCGCUGUCCCUGGGUGACGUGGCGCGCAUCCUAGAGCCCAUGCUGCUGCUGCUGCUCCAGCCCAAGACCCAGAGGACCUCCAUCCACUGCCUCAAGCAGGAGAACUCGGCAGAAGACUUGCAUCGUUGGUUUCACAGGCAGAAGACGCCCUCCAAAGAGGCAGGGGGGGUGCCCGAGCCCCAGGAAGGCGGCUCAGAAGAAGGUGUGCCUCUGAGCCAGCUCACCACCGUCGACCGCGAGGCCAUCUGGGCCGAGGUGGAGAAGGAACCAGAGAAGUGCCCCCUGGGAAGCGAGCUGAGUGAGGACGACCUUCCCUACUACAUGGACCUUCCCGAUGGGCCCGCCUGCAGCACCGUGGACAGCAGCGAGCAUACGGAGUCCGCGGACACGAGCUCCGCCCACACGGACAGCGAGAACACGUCCUCCUUUUCUUCCCCUUCCCACGACCCGCAGGAGCUGAGCCACGAGGAGAACUGCUGCGCGCCCAUCCCCAGGGCAGGCAGGGCCUACCCCAGGCGCUCGGCCUUGCUGGCGGCCUUCCCGGCGGAAAGCCUCAAGCCGGCUGCCAGGUUAAGCCUGGCGCGCGUGGACUCGGACAAGACGCAGGCUUCCGAGUCGUUCUCCAGCGACGAGGAGGCUGACCUGGAGCUCCAGGCCCUCAGCACGUCCCGGCUGCUGAAGCAGCGGCGGGAGAGGCAGGAGACCAUCGAGGCCUUGUUCAAGCACAUUCUGCUCUACCUGCAGCCCUACGACUCCCGGCGAGUCCUGUAUGCCUUCUCCGUGUUAGAGGCCGUGCUCAAGACCAACCCCAAGGAGUUUAUCGAGGCCGUGUCCAGGACCAGCAUGGACACCAGCUCCACCGCGCACCUCAACCUCAUCUCCAACCUCCUCGCUCGCCACCAGGAGGCCCUCGUGGGCCAGAGUUUCUACGGGAAGCUCCAGACCCAGUCUCCCAACGUGUGUCCCCACUCCCUGCUGAUCGAGCUCCUCACCUACCUGUGCCUCAGUUUCCUGCGCAGCUAUUACCCGUGCUACCUGAAGGUCUCCCACCGGGACAUCCUCGGCAACCGGGACGUGCAGGUCAAGAGCGUGGAGGUUUUGAUUCGGAUAAUGACGCAGCUGGUGUCCGUGGCCAAGUCGGCCGAGGGGAAGAACGUGGAGUUCAUUCACAGCUUGCUGCAGAGGUGCAAGGUUCAGGAGUUUGUCCUGCUUUCCCUGUCGGCGUCCAUGUACACCAGCCAGAAGCGCUACGGCCUAGCCACCGGCGAGCGCGGCCGGGCCCCGCAGGAGGAGAGCCUCUUCGAGGAGAGCCUCAUCAACCUGGGCCAGGAUCAGAUCUGGAGCGAGCACCCCCUGCAGAUCGAGCUGCUGAAGCUCCUGCAGGUGCUGAUCGUCCUGGAGCAUCACCUGGGCCAGGUCCAGGAGGAGGCUGAACAUCAGCCGGCACUGUCCCGGGAGUGGCGGAAAGCCCUGGACUUCCAGCAGGCCAUCAGUGCCCUGCAGUACGUGCAGCCCCACCCGCUCACCUCCCAGGGGCUGCUGGUGUCGGCCGUGGUGCGGGGGCUGCAGCCGGCCUACGGCUACGGCAUGCACCCGGCCUGGGUGAGCUUGGUCACGCACUCCUUGCCGUACUUCGGGAAGUCCCUGGGCUGGACUGUGACACCCUUCCUCGUCCAGAUUUGCAAAAAUUUGGACGAGCUAGUCAAGCAGUAUGAAAGCGAAUCCGUGAAGCUCUCUAUCAGCAUAACCUCCAAGAGGGAAAACAUCUCUCCGGAUUAUCCACUCACUCUUCUGGAAGGUCUGACCACCAUUACCCACUUUUGUCUUUUGGAACAACCCAACCAAAACAAAAAGACCACUGCUGCAAGCGAUCCUACCAAUUUGAAAAAUGCCAAGAAUGCCAUUCUGGAAGAGUUGCCUCGAGUCGUUAACACCAUGGCCCUUCUCUGGAAUGUUCUCAGAAAGGAGGAAACUCACAAGAGGCCCGUCGAUCUCCUUGGAGCCACCAAGGGAUCCUCUUCCGUUUACUUUAAAACCACCAAAACCAUACGACAAAAAAUCUUAGACUUCUUGAACCCCCUGACAGCACAUCUGGGAGUUCAGUUAACAGCCGCUGUGGCAGCAGUGUGGAGCAGGAAGAAGGUUCAGCGCCUCAGUAAGAUGAAGAUCGUCCCGGCGGCAAGCUCAUCCCAGCUGACCCUCGUCGACCUGAUUUGUGCGCUCAGCACCCUGCAGACGGACACAGUGCUGCACCUGGCAAAGGAGGUGGUGAAGAGGCCACCGCAAAUCCGAGGGGACGAGAAGGCGCCCCUCGCAGAUGUCCCUGUGUUGCAGUUUUGCUACGCUUUCAUCCAGAGGCUCCCAGUAACGGCCUUGCAAGAGAACUUUUCUGCGUUGUUGGGCGUGUUAAAGGAGUCCGUGCAGGUGAACCUGGCCCCGCCUGGCUACUUCCUGCUUCUCAGCAUGCUGAACGACUUUGUGACCAGAACUCCCAACCUGGACAGCAAGAAGGACCAAAAAGACCUGCAGGAAGUCACUCAAAAAAUCCUAGAAGCUGUAGGGAACAUUGCUGGCUCUUCCUUGGAACAAACCAGCUGGCUAAGCAGAAACCUGGAAGUGAAGGCCCAGCCUCAGAUCUCUCUGGAAGAAUCUGAUGCCGAGGAAGAUUUGUGUGCAGAUACCCCCAGCACGGCUGCAGCGAUGGUGUCAGCGUCCGCUCCGUCGGUGUACAGCGUGCAGGCCCUGUCUCUCCUGGCGGAGGUCCUGGCAUCUCUCCUGGACAUGGUUUAUCGCAGUGACGAGAAGGAGAAGGCGGUGCCGCUCAUCUCCCGCUUGCUCUAUUAUGUGUUUCCGUACCUGCGCAAUCACAGUGCCUACAAUGCCCCCAGCUUCCGGGCCGGCGCUCAGCUGCUAAGCUCCCUGAGCGGCUACGCCUACACAAAGCGAGCCUGGAAAAAGGAAGUCCUGGAGUUAUUCUUGGACCCUGCUUUCUUCCAGAUGGACACUUGCUGUGCACAUUGGAAGUCCAUUAUUGACCAUCUCCUGACUCACGAGAAAACCAUGUUUAAAGACCUAAUGAACAUGCAGAGCAGUUCUUUAAAACUGUUCUCAAGUUUUGAGCAGAAAGCGAUGCUACUCAAGCGUCAGGCUUUUGCUGUCUUCAGUGGAGAACUUGACCAAUACCACCUCUAUCUUCCUCUGAUACAAGAACGCCUGACAGACAAUCUCAGAAUUGGACAGACAUCCAUAGUUGCUGCUCAGAUGUUUCUUUUUUUCAGAGUUUUGCUGCUAAGAAUAUCUCCCCAACAUUUGACUUCACUGUGGCCCAUAAUGGUCUCUGAAUUAAUUCAGACAUUCAUACAGCUUGAAGAAGAUUUGAAAGAGGAUGAUGAGUCAUUGAGAAACAGUAACAAAAUCAACAGAACGAAAGUUUCAGUUGCUGACAGCAAUGGGCCCUCCCCGGGGGAGAUAGCCCAGAGUGAGCUCAUCUUGUAUUUGUCAGCCUGCAAGUUCUUGGACACAGCACUUUCUUUUCCACCUGACAAGAUGCCGUUAUUUCAAAUUUACAGGUGGGCAUUUGUCCCAGAAGUGGACACAGAGGGCCCCGCCUUCCCGUCAGACCUAGAGGAGAAUCACCAAGAAUGCAGACCCCACACUGUUAGGAUUCUAGAACUUCUGAAAUUGAAAUACGGGGAAAUGGGCAGCCCUGAUGAGAGCCCCGCGAGCCGUGAGCUCCCUCUUCUGCGCCAGCACUCCGUUUCCAGCAUCAGGCAGUUGAUGCCAUUCUUCCAGACUCUAAACUGCGCUUUCAAAACCCAGAGUCAGCGGUCUGCCGGCACCCCAGGGCCCCCAGGCUUGGAGUUCCCGGUCACACACAGCCCAAGGGUCCUGAACCAGCUAGAAGAAUGUGUUGAAUAUGAUUUCCUGGAACACCUGGAAUGUUAGCCUGAUAAGACAGGAUUUGUCUACUCCAUUUACUGAUACUGCGGUGACAUCCAGGACUCAUUGUGAACAAGAGAGGAGCUGCAGAUAGUGCUUUGUAAACAAGACGAUUUCAAUCUUGAAGGUAGAUUUCACAUAAUUUUCUGUUGGGCAACAAAACACACCUCCCUAAAUGCCUUGUAAUAUACUUGAAUCUGAUUGUAUGUUUCGUCCUCAAUUUAUGUAAAGAAAAUAAAAUUAAUAUAUCAUCUAAUGCGAGCACAAAAUUCGGAAUAUGAAGUAAAGUAUGAAGGCAGUGAA